CAGCAUCCACUCACGGUGAUACGUAAGAAGCAAGUGAUUGUGCUCACUGAUUAUAUUCCUCGGAACGUCACAGAUGCUAUGAACGCAAUUAGAAAUGAGAACGAGCAAAAGUUUGGUCUGUUUCAUCAGCUGGACACCACCGAGUUCGAGCUCGCCGCUGAUUUUCCCGUUUACUCGGUGGCAGACGACAUGAAUAUCACUAGAAUACGAGCAGAUUUCCAGAAGCCAGUGAACUUCGAGUUUCCCAGCUCCGUCUACCAGGCCAAGCCUUUGGCUCGUAGUGAACUGUUCAUGACGGAAUUCGAUUUCGGAACUCUCCUUCGUCUUCUGGAGAACGCGGUCAGCGGCGACAUGUGUCACGUUCCAAGCAAUAAGAUGUACAACGAUUUUCUCGCGAUUCGAUUCGCUCACAAUGGCUCUGUUCACAGUUUGUUUGCGUUUAGACUAUCUUCAAAAGAGCUAGAGGUGCUUAUGAGUUAUGGAGAGUACAUAGGAGUUAUGUACGAUUUUCAGAACUACGUUCACUUUAUCUCCUCUCAAGACCUGAGAAAGGUCUACGAUACGAUCACAUUGCCUCUACUGCAACAUGGCUUUCUAAACACCAGUGUGGAUUGGCAAGUCGUCCAGGACAACUCGUUCUACCUGAACAAAUUCUCUACAUCAUGCAAAUCGGCGAUACCAUUUGCACCUCUUGUGGCCGCACGACCUUACCACAAGCCGAAAGAGCUGUACAUCGCCAUGGACGACAUGCUCUGGAUCACCUUGUGUGCUGCCAUCAGCGUCGGAGUGUUCGGAAUUCUCAUCUACCAGCAUGUGAAGAGGCAACACAGAAAACGAAUGGAAAUUCUUACGGAAAUUAUGUUGCAACCAAAACUUUACAAGACUGCCAGAGAGUGCCCUAAGGUCGCCCGCUUGCCCUGGGAGAUUAAGUCCGAUCGUGUGCACAUUGACAUGGAGUUUCUACUUGGUGAAGGCACCCUCUCGAAUGUGUAUCUUGGCAAGCUGAAAGGAAAGUCACCCAUACUACAGUGGAUUGGUCGCGUGGAAAUGAAGCAAUAUCAGGAUUGUCCAGUAGCAGUUCGGGUCCCUCGGCGCUUUGACGAACCUGAAGAAGAUCAGCUGUUGAGAGAAAUCUCGUCGAUGAGGCGAUUACGCCACCAUGAUCACAUUGCUCUUUUCCUCGGAUGGACAAACAAAAACGAUCUGGUGUGUAGUCUGUUGGAACUCACACAUAUGAAUUUGUUAAAAUAUCUAGGGCAAAUUAGCGAGACUGGUGAAGCUAAAUCGACUGCCUCUAUACCGUAUCAAAUGCUCUACAAAAUAAUCUAUGAGAUUUGCGACGGAAUUAGUUACAUCCACUCUCGCAAUCUGAUUCAUCGUGACCUCGCCGCCAGGAAUGUCCUCCUGACCACCGGCUUGCGAGCAAAGAUUUCUGGUUUUGGAUUUUGCUCGGACGCAGACGAUCCGAAAUUUUCGGGUACUUCUCUUGCGGUGCGGUACCUACCGGUACGAUGGCUGGCUCCUGAAUCCUUCCAUGGAAAAUUCUCCCGAAGCAGCGAUACGUGGUCAUUUGGCGUUCUUCUUUACGAGAUCUUCACACUCGGCGACGUUCCGUACGACGAUCUGCAGAAAACGGAAGAGAUCAUGGAAUGCGUGCUACACUUCAGAAUCCCAGCACAUCCCAGAUACGCUUCCCGACAAAUGUGCGUCUCUUUUCAACUACACUUUUGUUUUUCCAAUUCAGUUUGGCAUACUACUCGAGCACGUGGGAAGUAA